AUGGACCACUCGGCUCAUGGUGAUAUGGGUCAUGGCGAUAUGGGCCACGGCGAUAUGGAUAUGGGUGGGAAAUGCAGUAUGAAUAUGCUAUUCAACUGGUCCUCCGAGAAUUUGUGCAUUGUCUUCCGCAGCUGGCGUAUCACCGGUCCCUUCUCCUUCCUCUUGUCCCUCAUCGCUAUCGUUAUCCUUGCUGCGGGCUACGAGGGAAUACGAUCAGCAACUCGGAAAUACGAGGCUGCCCACGCACAGCGGCUAAGUGCGUUCCUGGGAACUUCUGCCACUACUGGGGACGCUGAGAUCGCCGACCCUAUCAUUGCCAACGGCCUGGCGGAUGCAACCCACCCCACUCACCACGAAAGCUCACCACUGCUUGUAGGAAGCGAGAACAGAGCGGCAUUGGCGCGCAAGGGCAAGCUUAUCAUGGCGGCUUUGUAUGCCAUCCAAGUGUUCUAUAGCUUCUUCAUCAUGUUGCUCUUCAUGACGUAUAAUGGGCCGGUCAUGAUUGCGGUUGCAGUGGGCGCAUUCGUUGGGUACUUGACUUUCUCCGAAGGGACGCCAGCGGCAAAGACAAUCGCGUGUCAUUAA